AGUCUUACGCGUCCUCCACCUUUUAUCAUUUAUCUGGCCUUUAUUCCCCAGGUGGACUUUAAUAGACCUUGUACAUGCUUACUGGCUCGCUCGUGCCUGUUGUUGUUUGAAGAUGGAAAACAUCGGAUUUCAAGAUUACCUCGCCUGGAAAGCCCUGGCGUUCGAGUGGGCAGACAGCAUUGACAAAAAAGACUGGGAUCGACUGCGAAAUAUUCUAACGCCUAAGCUCCUGGUAGAUUACAGCAUGCUCGGACAGCCCAGCACGCCGGAUAUGGAAUCCGACGCUUUCAUCGCGUGGAUGAGCUCCCCAGACUUUGUCGGAGACCCGCUCGUCCGCACUCAGCACCUUCUCGGGGCUGUCUCGUACGAGUAUGUGUCUGAAGAUGAGAUUACAGCCAUUCAUCAGAUUCGCGCUGCGCACCAGCGCUACUCGGACGAUACUCUUGCGACUGUGGCUUACCACGCCCAUGGAUAUGGUAACAUACAACAUUGGUACAAGAGAGUUGAGGGGGCUUGGAAGCUUUCUGGAUUGCGACCCGAAAUGUACUGGAGUGAGAAUGAUCUUUCGAAGAUUUUCUCGCGACAGGGCCCAGCAUCGUGACUGGCAUGUCAUGGAGAAGCAAUGCGCGGUAUCCUGCUUGAAGAUUGUGGUGGUUGUCCUCGGUUCUUGCUAGAAUAUCACACGGCCAGUUCUUAUUAUACUUUCUGCAUUGCACUACAUAUAAACGGGCAGGUACUUCUGGGGCUGGAACGAGAUACCAUCCUAGCGUUAAUCUCCUAGGCAACUAACUCAUUCAUGUAUCCCCUCAUGAUCAUGCCGAGUCACUAUCCGAACUUGCUUUGCAAAACACGCAGUUUAUUGAGACAGGGAUCCUUAUCCACACAAGUCCCCCUUAACCACCGUGCCUUACCCACAUCCUGCAUCUCAAACGCACGACGCGAAUUCAAGGUCCUUGUAUUAUCAAACAGAGCACAUUCUCC